GUCGGGGAGGCCAUGAUGAUGAUGAUGAUGAUGCGCGGCUGGUGGUCUGGUGGUGGCAGGACCCAGCUGGUCCACGUCCUCCCGGUUCUCCACAUCAAGCUGCCAUUUUUAACUGUUCUGUUUCUGGCAAUAACGACCCGUGUCCAGUCCAGGUUCCGGUUCUUCUGCUGUCUCCACAAUAAAGGUUCUGUUGGUUCUCCUGCGUCCCACUCCAGUCUUUCCAGCGCGUGCGUGGCUCGCUUCCGGGACCGAGGCCGCGUUUUGGACUGGCUCCUGACCUCACGCCGCCGAGGGUUCGGCCCAGGGCAGGAGCGCGGGCCCGGAACUUCCCUGGCGCAGAUGACGUCACGCGGCGAACGCGACACCUGGCGGCUAACGCGUUAGCAGCGACGGCGCCGUCACCAAACAGGUGAGUCGGACCGCCGCCUUCCGGACCGUUUCCACUCUCGCGCGACCUCUCGCUCCUGUUUCGUGGUCGGCCUGGACUCGGUUGGGUUCGGAGAGUUGGUGUUGGGACUUUAUUGAAACUUGGUGGGGGCUAGCAUGUAGCCUGCUAGCAGCAGCGGAACUUCCCCGGCCGGACACUUCCUCAAGUGUGGCCCCGAACUGGCCCUCGUCCGCGCGCUGGAGGGACCCCGGCGCCCGCUGCUGCUGCUGUCGGCCGGGUGGAACGUCGAAACGCUUCGGCCGUCCGCUUCCCAAGUCCCGGCGUGGUGCGCCUCUGCUUCCGCGUCGUGUUGCUCUCAGCCCCAGCGCUCGAGUGGGAAGUGGAGCCGCGACGUUGACGUUGUCCAGCGACGGACACCAAGUCGGAGUAACUUCGAGCGCAAGUUUGGAGCGUCGUAAAGCCAGACGUUCCGAGGCAACAGUGGGCUUCCACGUCGCGUGUCGGGGCGCAUUUGGAGGGUCAGCCGUCUCUCAACCGAAUGUCAAAUACGCUGACGGUGACAGACGAGCGCGUAUGACGUCAUGACCCGCGCCCCGCUCCGGAGUACCCGGAGGGCGAACUUGGAAGCGGGGUGCUGAUCUGCUGCGACCUCUCAACUCCAGCGCUCAACUCCGGUGCGUCCGGGGGUGACGCUUCGGCUCGCUCGCGCUCCGCCAGCAGGUAUGUGGGCGUCCUGCUGUAACUGGAUGUGCAUGGACUCCGACUCAGACGCCGCCGUGAACGAGUCCGCCGGUGUCCAGCAGAGCCGGCGCUCCUACACCAACUCCGCCUUCGGCGGCCAGCCGCCUCACCCCCCCGACCUCAGCUGCACGUCCUGCGGGGGGCGCUUCGACGCGCCCUCCUGGAAGCACGUGUGCACCGACUGCGGGAAGAACUUCUGCGGCCGAUGCUCCGCCCAGCUGGAGUCCCGCCCCCGCCUCUGCCACACCUGUCAGCGUUUCUAUGGCAACCUGCUGCAGCGGGCAGAGCUGAUGAAGCUGAAGGUGAAGGAGCUGCGCGACUACCUGCACCUGCACCAGGUGUCCACGCACCUGUGCCGAGAGAAGGAGGAGCUGGUGGAGCUGGUCCUCAGCCAGCGCUCGUCUCCGUCCUCAGGCUCCUCCCCGGAGACGCCGUCGUCCGACCCCCCCUCCGUGACCUCCGACGGUCUGGACACGUCCUCCACCACCCUUGACCCGGAACCUGUCCUGCCCGAAACUUUGGCGACGCCCCAAGAGGAGUCGGCGGGGGGGCGAGGAGGAGGAGGAGGCACUGAGGAGGAGCAGGUGUCGGACUCGGAGGAGCCCCCGGCGGCGGGCCGCAGGGCGUCUCUGUCGGACCUGAGCUGCGCCAGCGACAUCGAGGAUCUGAGCGUCCGGCAGCUGAAGGAAAUUCUGGCCCGGAACUUUGUCAACUACAAAGGGUGCUGCGAGAAAUGGGAGCUGAUGGAGCGAGUCAGCCGCCUGUACCAGGACCAGCUGGACCUGCGAGGGGGCAGUGGUGAGCCUGAGGAGAACCUGUGCAGGAUCUGCAUGGACUCGCCCAUCGACUGCGUCCUUCUGGAGUGUGGUCACAUGAUCACCUGCACCAAGUGCGGCAAACGGAUGAGCGAGUGUCCCAUCUGCCGACAGUACGUGAUCCGCGCCGUCCACGUCUUCCGGUCCUGAGCCUGGUUCCGGGCCGGAGCGCAGGUACGCCCCCCCAGCCGCCUGCGGAGGGGGCCACGCCCGGGACCUGAACCUGUGUCACGUGACCCGAGGCAAGCGCCCGCCGGGCCUUUGGUCUCCAGGCGGACAAAUGAUUCCUGUUCUGAAGUGGCACCAAUCAACAAGCCGAACUGGCAACAAGCAAAAGCCGCCUGCGAAUCUCACCGCUCAGCUAACCCUCGAUUGUUAGCGGCGACGCUUGUCCUGAGGUGCCGGGACGCCGCGCUCGCGCCCGCCAUUUCUCAGAUGACGUGUGACGGUUUGAACUCUUGCAUUGUCGUCGGCCUCCUGCUGUGGAGCCGCGAGCGCCGCCGGUGAAGCGCUGAAGGAAGACGGCCUCCCGACGGACUGGAUGUUUUUCGGUGUGACUUGUUUUGUAAUAAAAUGAAUUUGUGUGAAUUUCUCUGAGAGCGCGGCGCCACCGUGAGGACCAGGCUUCUUUCUGUUCCCAUGACGACCCGCGCCAAGGUGGCGGGGCACCACCCACCUGACCCAGACAUGUCGUAGGUCAGAAGCCAGGUCUGGACCGAGCCUGGUUCUGAAGAGGUCGGAUCCAGUGGGAGGACUCGGGACUCCUGUCGCCCUCCUGUGAACCCCUGCUGUUUUUCAGGGCGGCUGGUGUGGUGUGACCAGGUGGCGUCACGCGUCCCACAGAUGGCAGCCUGGU